AUGGGCAACAUUGCUUUAAACUUCGGUGCAGUAUUGAGAGAGUGUGUUGAUGCAAUCAGCUCCAUGAGUUUUAACACAGUUAGACCCCCUCGAGUGGUUAAUGCUAAUAUAUCAACAUCACCUCAUGAAAGAGUGCAUUCAAGAGCUGACAACACAGUUGAUGGACCUGGGCUAUCAACCACUGAUCUACCUGAAGCAUGGCCAGAUUGGUUGACAAAUUAUGAUGGUGGGUAUGAAUCAGAUCCUAGAUCAAGUGGUGAUGAAGGUCGCAUAAUGGAAAGUGAUGAGGAUGAACCUAUUGUCCAAAGUUUCCAAAAAAGGGUUGCAAAGCUAAAUGCAGGACCAUGUCGUGAUGAUCAUAGUGCUUGGAAAAUCAAUAGCAUGCACCCUUAUCAUACAUGUAGCAGGACAUUCAACAAUAGGUUAAUCACUGAAUGUUGGCUUGCUGGAAAAUUUAUUGACAACUUUUUGAGGGAUCCUAAGUUCAAGCCUAAAGACAUGAAAACAGUAAUGCAAAAAGAAUAUGAGAUCAUAGUGGAUUUAAGGAAAUAUAGGAGAGAAAAGAAUAACGCUUUGAAUGCAGUAGAUGGUUUGUUUAAAAAGCAAUAUGGUUUGUUAAAGUCAUACAUGAGAGAGUUCUUAAGGAGUAAUGAUGAAACUACAUGCAUUCUGAAGGUCACAGAUCAAGAGGACUCAUCAGGGGUCUUUCAAAGAUUCUACAUGUGCUUUGCAGCCAUAAAAAGGGGGUUUGCUAACAAUUAUAGACAUAUAUUUGGACUUGAUGGGUGCUUUCUUAAACAUGCAUGUGGUGGGCAAUUGCUAAGUGUCAUGGGCAGAGACGAAAAUAAUCAGAUGUGGCCAAUUGUGUGGGCUGUUGUGGAGGGUGAAACCAGGAGCUCUUGGGAAUGGUUUAUGAGAAUCUUAUCUGGUGAUCUCAACAUGGGAGAUGGAGAAGGAUGGACUGUAAUUUCAGAUCAACAAAAGGGUUUAGUUCCGGCUAUGCAUAAAGUUUGGCCCCAAGCGGAGCAUAGGCAAUAUGCAAGACAUAUUUAUUCCAACUGGAGGAAAGUACAUACUGGAAGAACUCUUCAAAAACAAUUUUGGUAUUGUGUGAAGGCAACCUCCAUGGAGGAUUUUGUAAGAGAGGCAGCCAAACUCAAGGAUUACUCUGAAAGGGCAUAUGACGACUUCAUGGCAAUGGAUCCUCACACCUUUUGUAAGUCCCAUUUUAAAUGUCAUAGCCAAUGUGACAAUGUUGACGAUAAUAUGUCUAAAACCUUCAACUCAUUCAUCUUUCUUGCAAGAUACAAGCUAAUAAUUUCUAUGCUAGAAGACAUUAGACUUUCUAUGAUGGAUAUGAUGCAGUUAAAGAGGAAGUUGAUAACUCAAUUUAUGGGUGGGAUUGCCCCUACAAUAAGCAAGAAAAUCAAAGAGGCUUAUCAAGAACAAUUGCACUGUCAAACACGUUGGUCGGGAACAAAUGACUAUAGUGGAUUUGAGAUACAUCAUAGAGGGAUUGGCCAUGAGGUUAACUUGGGUGAAAAAACAUGUUCUUGUAGGGUUUGGGACUUGACUGGAAUUCCAUGUCUCCAUGCCAUUAGUGCAAUAUUAUUCAUGCGCAAGAAUCCAGAAGAUUUUGUUGCUCAUUGGUACAAAAGUGAAGAUUACACAAAUGCUUAUGGGAGCUUGUUAAAUCCUGAAUCACAAGAAAUAAGAGUUGAUGAAGGCCCAUCACAUGUGAGGAAAAAGGGGAGACCAAAGGGAAGCCUGAACAAAAUUAGAUGUGGUGACAUGCCUCCAAGCAAUGCUCCAACUCCAGCAUCCAUUAUCAUUGGAAGAAGGAGCAAAGCUCCAACUACCAGCACUGAGGCAUGA